GAAGAACGGUCGGAUGGGAUCGGGCCUCCGCUAUUCUGCGCUGCUACCCACGUCGUGAGCCGUGGAGUGGCGUUGUGGAUGGUUUUGCCGCUGUUGCACCGGUUUGCCCUGCAUUGCAACUGGACUGAGGACACUGAUCUGUACGUUCGCCCACGCCCACCCUUUCGGGAAAGAUUGCUUGGUGUAGUUCUUCGCUUGCCAUUCUUCGUUGCGCACAAGCGCUUCGUGGGGGGUAUUUUCGACACCACAAGGAGCGAAAGAGUCUGGAAUCCGCAUUGUUUUAACGAAGUACUCUGGGCGGCGGGCUCGCUGUGCUUCGUGUUCGAACUGUUGCUCCGUGUCGUGAUUUUACAGCACCUGCCACUUGUUCUCGGCCCAUACGCAAGUCUGGCGACCUCGUGUCUUGACUUUGUCCUUUUGCUGUAUGCAAUUGUGUAUCUGUGGCGAAAAAACGACGGCUACACACAGUUAUUUUGGAACGGGCUAGCAAUGGAACUCGCAGCAAACAACAGCGCUGGGUCCUUUGUUCUCCUGCUACUACAACCGGAGAACAAAGAACAACGCAGGGCACGGACACGGGAAGACGCGAAGUCCCGUGACCAAAG